GCCCUGAAUAAUGAACCAUUUUUGUGAAUACUGUGUCGAAGCUUCAACAAAGCCUCGAUUGCCCAUCCUUAGUUAUACCAGCCUGUUACACUGGGACACUUUUCCAUAGACAAAUGAAUAUUAACAAGGGCGGCACGAUCAUACAUUACGAAUUGAACAACUGCACUUGUUUAAAAUUUUUACAGCUUUAUUACUGGCUAAAUAUAAGUUUAAAGUGGAAGACAAAUAUAGCUUGCAUGUUGUGGUGGAUUUCAUCGAGCACUCGGUGCUCAACAUUGUUUCACUGCUGCUGAUUGGUUGCUCAUAAUUUGAUUUGUUAUGCCUGCAAUGUUACGUUCCUGACUAGCACAGUAAAAAGUACACCGUCUGACGACAAGCCUGGUCUCCGUGUAUCAUUACAUAACAGCGUUGAUAAAUGAAAUACUCACCCUAUAUUCGUAACAAUACUUUACUGCAACAGUGAAGAACACAACACAUAUAAAUAAUCAAUGUGAAAACGAGGCAUUUCACAAGACAUUGUUUAGGAGCACGUAUGGCGUCGUUUCUAUGGCAACCACAACAUACCAGUCAAACAGUGAAAUCUGUGAUUUGGUUUUGUUAACCAUAUCGUUCGCUGUAUUUAAAUCGUUCUGGUCUUAUGGUCUUGAAGUUUUAAAGGACAACUGGGACAGAGUCUUGAGCACAUGACCGAAGAUUCGGGGUAUUCAAAAUGAGUCUACUGGAGGAGCAACAGGGUAGUAGGCUUCCCAGUAGAGGAAAGGUAGACAUGGAGGAGAAGAAGGGAAUAGAGGAGAACCCCCCGCUAGUGGCCCUUGCACCUGAUGCAUCACUUCCAGAAGAUCAGCCCUCUGCCAGUACUGAUGUUUCUGCUAGUCCUGGUUUCCAUUGCCUUGAUGAGUUGUUUUCACUGGGUAAGAUCAGCCAGGCCAAAAUGGCCAAACUGAAAGCCAGCUACAGGCGACUGCAUGACACUCUGAAAAGUACACAGGACUCUGAGAUCCAGCUUUUGGGAGAGGCAAAGCGGCGUCAUACUGAGCUGGAGAAACUGCAGGCCGAGGUGGAGAGAGCAGAGGACCAGAGCAUAUCUGAGGAGCCUGAAAGUGAGGUCAAAAAACUGAGGCAACAGCUCCUCCAGGCAUAUAAUGAACUGAAAGCUGCCGAGGACAGAGAGUAUGAUACACAACACCAAGUGAAGUGUCUCUGGGAAGAGAAGCAAUAUCUGGAGAAAUACAAUGCGACUCAGCCAGAAGCUGCUGAGGUAGGGAGCAGAACACAGACCCUGCAUGACAAAUAUGAGGAUCUGAGGGCAGAGGUGACCCAGAGACAAUUAGAAGUCAGAAUUCUAAUGGAAGAUGUGGAAACCCAAGAAAUGCAGAUUUUGAGAGAACAAAAAGAGCUGGAGGACCAGAAGGAGAUCAUAAAGUUCAAAGAGGCUGAGAAAGCCCAUCUUAUCAGCAUGCCUGACCAGAUUAUAAAGGAGGCUGAAAGGAAGCGCACUAAGAGGGCGGCUGCAGUGAAGGAGAUGGGUGCACUAAAUAGAGAGAUUUCAGAAAUGAAGCAACAAGUGAAGGAGGUGGAAGAGCAUAACCACUCCCUCAAGCUGAAGAAGAAAGCGGUGAUGGAGGAGCUGGAGGAUCUCCGUGCCCAAGCAGAGGCCAGCCACGAGGAGCGCAGGCAGCUGCUGAAAAAGCAAGAUGUUAUCAGGGAGCAGGAGGCUGAACUAAUGGGGAACAGAGGUAUCCUGGAAAUGAAGUUACGGAACGUUAUGCUUGACAGAAAGCACCUGUUUGAGAGCCAGGCUGUUCGGUUCAGGGAGAAGAAUAGGCAGAUGCAAGCCCUCAAAAGGAUGGAGCAUGCACUGACCGUGGCUACUGAGCAGCUACAACAAACACAGUCUAUCUACAAUGUGUUACAAGCACAGUUAGAUGCUGUUCCAAAAAGAGAGGGUAAUAUUCAGCAGAGGAUGGAGCUUCAGAAAGAAGUUGACACACACAAAGUCUGCUUUGAAAAACAGUUAUCAAUAGCCAAGGAGAAAAGCCAGAAGAAGCAGCAGUAUGAAAUGAUUCAAGAGCUGCUGAAGGAGUCAAACCGCCUCAGAGAAGAACUCCAUAACCUCAGAUGUCUGACACAGAUCAAAGCAGAGGAGAGGGGACAGAAGCACCGUGAACUGCUUAGAGCAGAGCAACUGAACCAGCACAUCCAGUAUGAGCUGUGGGAAAAAGACCUGAUCAUCAUGGACCUCAACAAGAUGAACACUAUGCUGCAGCGCAGAAUAUCACAGUAUUCUAAAUUGUCCAACAUGAUAAUGGAAGAGAGGAAUAAGUAUGUCAAUCUGAAGGAGAUUGCCUCCCAGACAAUCACCGAGUUGAUGGAACAGCUUAAAGUCCUGGAAAAUGAGGCAGAGAUCCAACAGACCAUUGUCAUCAACAAGGACAGGUCACUCACAAAGGCUCAUAUGAAGAUCUCUAGUAGUUCCAAAAUGAAGGACAAACUGCGCAAUGACAUCUGCAAGGUGGGGUGGAAUCAGUGUCAGAUCAGUCAGCAGUAUGAGGACAACAAACUGGAGUUGAUAAAACUCACAAAAAUGAUCAGCCUCCAGGAGCAGAGGCUUGUGGAAGUGAACAAGAAUCAUGAAACUGCCACACAGCGCCGCAAUUUUCUUGGCAUUCAACUGCUGGAACAUGAGGAGGUGUUGUUCAACUACUAUGACAAGGUGAACAUCCAAGAGGCGGCCAUUACAAAGGUCAACAUGGCAUUAGACGCACUAGAAAAGGAGAUUCCAGACUUGCAGUUAGCCAUUAAUGAGGAGAGGAGACAGAUAGACCUGAAGAAGAAGGAGGUGCCUCUCAAGAGAAAGCUGGAGGGAGAUAUCACCAUGCUCCAUAUAGAGCUGUCAGAAGCCAAGGACAAGACACUUGAAAGUCUAAAUCGAUCAGCUGAUUACAAAGAGCUAAAAGGCAAAGACCCAUCAACUGUAGAACUGGUCAAGAAAAUUGAGCAGCUUGAAGCCAAUCUAGCAGAGUGCGAGAGGCAGUUGCUGGAAAAAAAGCUCCUCGUGGACCAGGUCACACGGCUCUCAAAGCCACUCAAAGAGCAGAUUGAGAACUGCCAACAGGACAGACUCUCACUAGCAAAGGAGUUGAACAAUCUCCGAAUUCACAUAGUCAACACCAACCACCGACUGAUGGCUGUUUCUGCAGAACUUUCCAUGAAGCAAGCUGCUGCUUUGUCUCAGCUGCAGGAGAUCAAAGAGAAAGAGCUCCAGAUGGACAGAUGCCAGCAGUGGCUGGAGCAGGGCCUGCCACCCUGCCCUGAGAUAGAGGAGGACUGGAGGAGGAUGCUCCGGGACAAGAAGAGGAGGCAGAGGGACAAAGAGGAGAGAGAGAGGCUGGCUAAAGAAGAGGAAUGGAACCAGUUGCCUAAUGGAGAGUACACCACUGCUGAAAUUCGCCCCAAUGCGUACAUUCCCCAGACCAACCUGCUCCCUCUGCCCAAACCCUACGGAGUCCAGGCCCCCUUCAAACCCAGCCAACCAGGAGCCAUGAUGAGACACAUCCGCAAACCGACACUCAAACCCUUGGAGAUACAGAAAACAAUAUAAGUAUGUGCACAUUAAAAUUUGUGUAUAUUUGUGAAGUUGUGUUGGGUUGAUUUUAUACGCCACCACACCGGUGAUAGUCAUGGCUGGAGGAGUUAUGUUUUCGGGUUGUUUGUCCAUCUGACGGUCUGCCCCUUCUUGUGAAUGCGAUAUCUCAGGUAUGCCUUAAGGAACUUUCUUCAAAUUUGGCACAAAUAUACACUUGGAUUCAAGGAUGACCUGCUUAGAUUUUGGUGGUCAAAGGUUGCCGUAACCUCAUGUCCAUCCCAUUCCCCUGAAUUUGACUGGUUGGUGGAGGCAUACAACUACAAACCGGUAAUUCUAGUUUAUAUCAAAAUCCAUGGUGCCCUUCAGAAGAAUUUACUUUUCACUUGAGGAAUCAACAGAAGUUUAAUUUUUAUUUAUUUAUUUUCUAGUGCAUUGGCUCAUCACACAUCUGUUGAUCUGUCUGCUCCUCUUUCCUCCUCUCUGCGCCUUGUGUAUGUUUGCGUUCUCACUGUUUAGCUUACCGCUGCUAUUCUGUCAUGUGAGUGUGUACUUGUAGACUGCAUCUGGUUGUAAUUUUGUUUCCUUCUUCAAAAUUCACUGCCAAGAGCUUGUUUAUACUCUACUCACAGUAAUACUAAAUACUGUAGGAGAGUAACUGGGACAUUGGUGGGUGAAAUUUGUGUGUUUAUUGUUACAUCAUGCCCACUGGUAAAAAAAAAUGACAACAGUAUUGUUCAAGGUUUCA